GAUGUAUCUUGAUCAGCUUAGCUUUCAGCCUUUUAUUAUUAUUUUUAAAAGGGGGGAGAAAAAGCAUGCUUACUGAAUAGGUGUGCCACUUUCCCUUCUCUCCCCACUUCCCUCCUCCCUUGAUGUGCAUGGAGAUGUAACUGAAGAUCUUGCUUAGAAAAUGUAGACUAACCAAUAAAUAAAUACUCUGCAUAUCUUAUUCAAGUGGUCUUUUCAUAGGGUUGAGAAGUUGUAGAAGGGAUGGGAGAUUUAGUUUGCAAGCAAGGUUUUCUCCAAACACCAAUGUACUUUGUAGAAUCUGCAAUGGGCUUUUGUGUGUGUGUCUGUGUGUGUGUGAGCAGAUUUGGCUUUGCAAUGUGAGUGUUCAUAUGUGUGUUUUGUUCUUAGUCAUUUUGAUUUAUGAUUGAGAGUUUUUGGGUUGUUAUUUUUCAUAUUUUAUAAUGGCUCUAUCGGAAUGGGAGUGGGCAAGACUGCAGAGAUGUUGAAUUAAAGUCCAGUGAACAACAGGAGAGGUCACUGCUCUUUGUGUAUUAGGAGAGCCUUAAAAAUGAUUAGUCCUUCAAAUUGUUUUUUAUUAAAUUUCAUUGUUCAAAUAAAUCCUCUGCAUGGAGGCUGGACUGUGCCUCCAUUUGUCUGGUUAUGUUAUUUAUUUAGCUUGGCUCUUUAAGACUUACCUGUUUCCCUGUCUGGCCUCUAUGCCUUGUCUUGCCUGUUCAUGGUCCAUUCUUCUUUUUCUUUAGGGGCUGUGAUUAUUUCAUCCGUCUGUUUAUGGUAACAGAGGUUUGACAAUUCUGAGAGAAGCCUUUGCAUAACCCACAUAUAAUGUUAACAACCUUGAGAGUUAUGCUCUCCCUUAAAACAUUCUCUCUUUUGCAGGUUUGACUUUUUCAAUUUUUGUUGUGGUUUCAGGCAGUUUUCGUGAAGGAGUUAGCUGCUUUCUCCUUAUGUCGUCAAGGAGAAGCAAGAAAAACUCAGGAAGAUCCUCAGUCUGUAGCCGGAAGCUUUGGAUACUUUACGAUAAAGUUGGUGCAAGCCAGCAGUAGUUUUCUAUGAGUGCCUCCCUUCUCUUGAAAGAAGACAAAAAGCACAUCAGAAAGCACCCACAGAUAUAUCCAUUUGUGUGUUUUUUUGGUUUUAAAAAUAGAUAGGCCACAGCUCCAUCAACAGUGGACAAAUUUGCCAAGUCAAACUUCUGUUAAGCCACACACUUAUUUUUCAAGGAAAUUGUACUCCCAAAGAUCUGAUUAAUGCCCUUUCCAAGUUCCAUAUCAUGCUACAUUAUUUUUUUACAUAAAAUAUUUUUUCCUUAAGAUAAAACAAAGCAUAUUGCAGCUUCAAAGCACUUUAGAAAGCUUCACGUUGUAGCAGAUGGGGAAAUAAGAUUGGAGAAAACUUGAUCUGGCCCCAACCGCAUUGCCCUCCUUCUACCCCCUUCCUCCACUGAUCAAAUUUCGUCAUAGAAUCAGAACUCGAUAGUUCUAUCGAUUGAUUGAGGAGAGUCACCUCUAGAUAUUUUCACACUGAUUUGGAUGAUCAUUUAUGCACACACACACACACACACACACAAUGAAGUUAAGGAAGACUUUUGAUGACUGAUCAGGCCUGGAAAGGUUUGCCCCAAUUCUCUCAACAAGAUCAUCUAGAAAUGUAUUGGCUGUAACAGAGACUUUCUUCUUGCCUAAACACGCAUUUCAAGCGUCAUCACCUGGACCUCCUAAGUGUUUAUUAGAUGUUUGUAUUAGAUGUGGAGUUUCCAUGCUGAUCCCGAAAGCCUCCCCUUGCCAGGAUCUGCCUUGCUCAAAACUUUAGGCAUCUCCUUUGCCCAGGAUCCUUGCGCUUAGUCACAGCUGCCAUGCUGCACCACGCUGCUUUCUUAUUGCACUGCCUCCCACUGGUCAUGGGACAGUAUGACAUCUGCAAAUCCUGGGUGACCACAGACAAUGGGCCAAUGUGGGAAUUUUACGCUUGCCAACCCAGGGCCGUGCCCAUGAAGGAAUACGCAACAGUACGAGUGGAGCCAUCAGGAAUCACCUGCGGGAACCCACCCCAGAAAUUUUGCACUCAUGAAAACCCAUAUAUGUGUGAUGAGUGUGAUGCCUCCAACCCGGACCUGGCCCAUCCACCCAAGCUGAUGUUUGACAAAGAAGAUGAAGGCCUGGCGACAUACUGGCAGAGUGUGACAUGGAGCCGUUACCCGGAGCCUUUGCUGGCCAACAUCACACUUUCUUGGAACAAGAGCAUUGAGCUGACUGAUGACAUCAUAGUGACUUUUGAGUAUGGGCGUCCCACAAUGAUGAUCCUGGAAAAGUCCUUGGACAAUGGGAGGACUUGGCACCCAUAUCAAUACUAUGCAGAUGAUUGCAAUGAAACCUUCGGCAUGCAAGCGCGGAGGGUCAGGAACCUCUCCACCACCAGCGCCAACAGGGUCAUCUGCACAGAUGAGUAUUCCCGCUGGCCGGGCUCCAAGAAAGAGAAGAAUGUACGCUUUGAAGUGAGGGACCGCUUUGCCAUUUUUGCUGGGCCAGAACUCAAGAAUAUGGACAACCUUUACACCAGGCUAGAGAGUGCCAAAGGGCUGAAGGACUUCUUCACCAUGACGGAUUUGCGGCUGCGGCUGUUGAGACCAGCACUAGGGGGCACCUACGUGCAACGGGAGAAUUUGUUCAAGUACUUCUAUGCUGUCUCCAACAUUGAAGUCACGGGCAGGUGCAAAUGCAACCUCCAUGCCAAUCUCUGCACCUUCAAAGAGGGAAGCCUCCAGUGCGAGUGUGAGCACAACACAACCGGUCAGGACUGUGGGCGGUGCAAGAAGAACUUCCGCAGCAAGUCUUGGCGGGCAGGAUCCUACCUGCCCCGCCCCAAUGGCUCCGCUAAUGUCUGUGCAGCUCCAAACUUUGGCAAUUGUGAAUGUUAUGGUCACUCUAAUCGCUGCAGCUUCAUUGACUUCCUGAACCUAGUGACCUGCAUCAGCUGCAAACACAACACCAGGGGGCAGCACUGCCAGCACUGCCGGCUGGGCUACUAUCGGAAUAGCUCCGCAGAGCUGGAUGAUGAGAAUGUAUGUGUGGAUUGCAACUGCAACCGUAUAGGCUCAGUGGCCAACCGCUGCAACGAGACCGGCUACUGUGACUGCAAAGAAGGUGUCACCGGGCCAAAGUGUGACGACUGUCUGCCCGGCUACUACUGGAGACAAGGCUGCUUUCCUAAUGUGUGCGACGAGGAGCUGUUGAUUUGCCAGAAUGGGGGCACUUGUUAUGACAACCAGCGCUGUCUUUGCCCACCCAACUUCAGGGGUGUCCUCUGUGAGCAAUCCAAAUGUGAGGGAGAAAACAAGGAAUGUGACUCGGCCUCAAGCACGUACCUCAACCUCUCGGCCUUCCUCAUCAGCGUGCUGGGGCUGCAGCUGCAACACUUUUUGGACCUUUGAAGCCCAGGAAACCAGGGGGAGGGGGGGAAAUGCCUCAUGGAAGGACAAGAGGGGAAGGGAAGCAGGGAGGGUGCUCACAAGUUAAGGGAGCAGGGGGUUGUCUCUCUCUCUCUCUCUCUCCCCACCACCAGCCUCUCUUUCCUCCAUCAAACAGGGAAGGGGGGAGAGAAGCAGAAGGCGCCCAAGGGACUGUACUCUCCCCCUUCUGCCCAAGUAGCUGAGGACCCCGGCUGGAGGCAGCUGCAACAUUUCAGAGGCAGAACUGACUCUUAUCAUUGGGAAGAAGCAAGGUGCCACAACUCUGGGGUGGUGGCAGUGGCACUGGCAAAAGACUUGCCUCGCUUCCUCUUUCUGUUCAAGGGUGACCUUGCGGCCCCUGUUCCACUUUGCACAGGAGGAAUCUGCCAAACAAAAACAAAACCAUGCCACAAACCUCUGGCGCUUAGUUGCUUGGCUCUGUUCUCCUCUGUCCCUUUUCCUUUCCUCCUUACUGUUAUUGUUUUGGAAGUAGCCCUCCGAACAGAGACUGGCAGCUAUAGAAAGUCCAGGCUGCGGGGCAGGGAAUCUGCAAGAUUGUACCCACCUUGCAUCGUCAGCCUGCUCCAGCCCAGGCCUAGAAUUAUAUCGUUGCCUACAAAUCAAGUUGCUGAAUUUAUUAAGUUUUUGUACUUUUUCAGUUUUUAUUCCGUUGGUUGUGAGUCUUUGAUUCCCACCCCACCACCCCUUUCUCGCACUCAAGACCAGAACUGAACAAGGCUGCUCUGUAUCGCGACAAAAAGUGUAAUGUGUGUUAUCCAGGCUUCACCGUAUAGUUUACGGUUCUCAAAUACGUUUUAUUUUGGUAGAGAAUUAUUUUUGUUUGGAUUAUAAAUGUUCUAAAGAGAGAGAGAAGAAGAAGAAGAAGAAAAAGACAAAGAAAAAGAUGAACCACCGCAGCCUCUAGAGACACAUCUUACCAUAAGUGUUAUGGUGUAAUAAUCCUCUACUACAGUAAAGCAACCUAAUAACUGCUGCCCUGUCUCAGUUUUUUCCCACCUUCCCACACACUCUGUUAAUUUACUGAUAAGAGCCUUAACAAAAAAAGAAAGAAACAGAAGCAGAUGAAAGUCUUGUUGCAUUUUCAUGACACCAAAGACUUACGCACAACCGCUGGCGGGCUGUUGGGAAUGA